AUAUUGAUGAAUGCCGGAUUUCCUGUGCAUGUUCUGGAGGUCAGGAAUGUGUAAACUGGCCAGGUUCAUAUCAGUGUCAAGGACUGCCAGGUAGAAUGCUAUACAAAUAAAAAUUACGAGACACAAAAUAUGAAAAACAGUGGCGGCGCAAGAGGGGGGUUGAGAGCAGGGCGCUUAUAUAAUAUAUAAUCGCCCUGGUUGGGACGGGUGGGGAUGGCGGAGUGGAACACCACACAUUAUUUUACACCAUUAGGUCACAUUUGAGUGGAAUUGAUUUAAAACUGAUAAUUAUGGCUACAUUUUGGGGAAAUGUGGGAAAGUGUUAAGGAAACUGAAAGAAAAACGGUACGUGAACAAAAAAUAUAAGGAAAAAUAUUAUGUCGUGAAGAUUUUAAAGUAGGGCUAGUCCCUGACGAAAAGUCGUAAAAAGCAAGUCUUGCGUUGGCCAUUGUGCAGAUAAAAUGAGAACCUUUUCUGAGCUCCAGCGCCUGGCACAUUUGUGUGAAUUUUGACAUUUACCUAUAGAUGUUGUAUAAAUUUUAACAUCGACAAUCGUACUGGGGCAUGACUGAGUACAGAAAAUAACCGUAAGCAAUUUCAUUCUGUUUACAUAUGGUGCAUUACGUAAAUUUAAUGCCUCGUUGCAGAACUCGCAAAAAUUGGAUUUGAGCACUCCUUGUAUCCGGUUACUGAGGAUAGCAGUUCUGUAGAAAUUUGCUUAGACGUUAAAAAUUCUCAAGAACCCAUUAGUGGAUGGUAAGUACAUAUAUUUUUUUCUUUUGUAAAUUCAUGUUCUUCAUUUACUUACAUGAGAACUACUCUGAAGUUUUCCUUUGUAUUUCUUCAUAACAGUCUUUCAGUGAAGGUAUGGCGACGAUAACUAUAGACAGCUGCGGUCUGCUGAUUGAGAAAGAUAAAACUACCUAACUAGAAAUACAUGCAUGCAGUAACCCCUCGCCAAUAUUUUCCAAACGUUAAAUUAACAUGAAGUAUUCAGAAAUGGCCGACACUGAACGCAGGCUCGCGUUCAAUUCUUCUCAUUUCUUCAAACAAAAUUGCUUCAAGCUUGUUGUAUAUGAAACGAUUUUCCAAAUAUAUGUCUUUUAACAUUGAAAUCUUGCUUAUCCCACUCCCACAAGCAAUCAGCCAUAUUUUUUAGAUCAGUGAGGAUGACCACCCACUCAAGUUCGUUGGUCACGCCCGCGAUAUUUGAUGAAUUUUAGACUUCGCUAAUGCUUUCGUUUCCCCGGGUGUAAAUAGCCGGGGGGAAUUAGUAUACCCUCGCACGGCGCUUCGCGCCGUCGGCUCGGGGGAAAGCAGAACAUCGACGUUUCGAGCGCAGGCUCUUCGUUGGGAUCGGAAGUUAGUAGUUUCGAGCGCAGGCUCUUCGUUGGGAUCGGAAGUUAGUAGUUUCGAGCGCAGGCUCUUCGUUGGGAUCGGAAGUUAGUAGUGCGGGGCGGGAAAAUUACAUGAGUUUUUACACUAGUGAUUAUACAGUGAUCAUGUGACAAAAAAUAAACCAAUUGGAUGGAUUUAAUCAAGACAAAGUGACUACUAAUUUCCCGACGAUGGGUUUCGCUCGGAACGUGGAAGUGUUCUUCUUUAUAUUUUAAGUAAUAAUUAUAUCUCUCUCAAUUCGCACCUUUUCAUAGAUAUAGCAUUAUUUAUAUGUCUGUAACACAACAUUCACCUCACAUUUCUGGACAAUAUCAACGCAAAUUGUUGCAAAUCUCUUAUUAGACAUAUUAUUAACUAAUUAGUAAGCAAGUUAAAAUUCUAGUAUUGGUAAUCUCAGACUUAAGUGAAAUAUUUCGAUGGCCAACUUUACACGUUCUAUUUUUACUCAACGUCUUAAGGAUAACCACUAAUGGUGGAGCCGCAGUGACAGGAGCCGAUUACCUCAGUAUUCGUGAAGUAGUUAACAUAACGGAUCCUCAAGAAUCUACUUGCUAUACAAUACCAAUACUUGAUGAUGACGAGUUUGAAGGAAACGAAACCUUUAGCGUUGUUUUAACGCUAAAUGCGAAUGUCUCCGGUGUUCAAGAAUCUUACGAUGAGGCUACGGUGAUUAUUGUCGAUGAUGAUGGUAAAUAUUUCAUUAUAAUAAUAUUUUGUUACAUCAAGUUUGCCUCUUAUGAUCUAAUGACGUUUUAGGUUUGUAUAGAUGACAGAAUAUAACUACAACUUAUUUCAGCAUCACAAUUUCAAUCCGGCUAUAUAGCCAUAUUUAUACGCUUUCCGAAUUUGCCGGCUGCCAAUGAACACCUGCGGCUCACUGAUCUAUCUAUACUCACUCGGAUAUUGAUCGUUUCAAAAUCGUUUUGGACAACUUGAAUUAUUUUUGAGUUUAAAGCUUGUACAAUCUUUAGUUCUGUUCAUAAUACUGGACGAGAGGAAAACUAUUGAUUUAACAUAUUAAAGGAAAGGCAAUUGGCCAAUGCAGAAAUGUUUUACUUAUGCUGUGGCACAACCCGCAGUAUUUUACUUGUACCUGUAAGACUACAAUUACUUUAUGGUUUCCGUGUUUGGAUGACCAGAUCCAAAUACGCGGGAAUGUUGCGUGAGUUAAGAAGAGCGCGCGAUCGAGCAACAUUCCCAAGUGUUUGGAUCAGGCCAUCCAAUGUCCCUGGCUUGGGAGGUGCGGCUCGAUCAAAUCAAAAUCUUUAAAAGCAGUUGAUUUUCAAAAUAUUUCAACAUCGUUGCAGAUCCCACAAGAAUUGGAUUUGAGUACUCCUUGUAUUCUGUUGCUGAGGAUAGUGGUUCUGUACAAAUUUGCUUAGACAUUAACUCCGUUACAAAUUUUCAUGGAUUGUAAGUAGAUAAUCUUUUUUCUUUUUGUAAAUUCAUGAAUGUUUUUCAUUUACCUGAGCCACCAUGUUUAUUAAUAACAGUUUGUGCCAGUGUAGGAUAGCAACGAUAAGUACUAGCUAUCUCUUUUUAUCCCAAACUGUCAUAUUUUCUAAUUUACGAUAAUUUGACUGUCUGUAACACAACAUUAAUUCAAAACACUUUUGUAGCCAAUAUUCAACUCGAAUAGUGUAUUUAUGCAAAUCACCGUAAUAUUAGACAUAUUAAUUUCUAACAAGCAAAUUUAAGUUCAUCUUGAGUAACAUAUCUCGAUGGCCACCUUGACACGUUUUUUUUUUACUCAACGUCUUAUCAUAAGAAUAACCACUAAUGAUGGAACGGCAGUGACAGGAGCCGAUUACCUCAGCAUACUCGAAAUAGUUAACACAUCGGUGUCUCAAGAAUCUACUUGCUAUACGAUACAAAUACUAGAUGAUGACGAGAUUGAAGGAAACGAAACUUUUAACGUUGUUUUAACGCUGAAUGCAAAUGUCUCCAGUGUUCCAAUAAUUCAAGACAAAGCUACAGUGAUUAUUGUCGAUAACGAUGGUAAAUAUUUAAUUUAUAAUAGCUAAUAAUAUUGUAUUUCAGCAUGAAUUGUCUCGCAUGAACCACUGACGUUAUAGCAGCAUUCUAUGAUGAACAUUGAGAAAUUGAAAGUGAACCCUUUACCAUGUAAUGGUUUCUCAAAUUAUACAACCCUAAAGAAAUUUUACACCAUUUUUGCUUUAAAAGAGCAAUCCUUUUUGUCUACAUGAAAUAUUUUGCACAUCUUUAAUCACCAAUCAUAAUGAACUAUCAUUGACUAUCGAUAAAAUAUAACUAAACAUGCAGCCUUUUGCAUAAACUGCAUGCAUUUUAUGAAAAUUAAUCUGUUUAUUUUUUUCCAGACGUCGAUGAAUGUGAGCUUGAAAUUCAUAACUGUGACGUUAAUGCUGAAUGUAUUAACAUAAUUGGUUCAUAUGAAUGUGCUUGCAAUGAGGGAUAUUCUGGAGAUGGUAUCAACUGCACAAGUAGGUGGCCUAUAGAUACUCUAAAUAUACUGGUAAACGUUAUGCACCAUAUAUAG